UCGGGUGAGUCGGGGAAGGCUAUAGAACGCGAGGCGCAAGGUCUAGAAUUAGGAAAGGCGUGUUUGCGUCGGUGGCUUAUUCGUUCGGUUAUAGGAGGAUUUGAAACGAAAGCUGAUCCGAUAUCCUGAAGAGAAAUUCUUGAUCACCGUUCGGAGAGUUUGAGAGCAUAUUCAUUCUGCUAUGGCUCUAAAUCCUCAGUUGUUCCCAAACGGGAUGCCGGUGCCGUUUGUGAACGAGAUUUUUGUGAUGGCUCGAGACGGCGUGGAGUUCCAAGUCGAUAAAAUCCCUGGCGCUUCUGGUCAUGGUGGUCAGGUUAAAGCCAAAGGUACAAUCUACUUGUCAAAUAUUAGAAUGGUCUUUGUUGCUGAGAAGCCUGUUGGUAACUUCUUUGCAUUUGACAUGCCCCUGCUUCAUGUCGGUUGUGAGAAAUUUAACCAACCAAUAUUUCAUUGCAACAAUAUAUCUGGUUCCGUAGAUCCGGUUGUUCCAGAAAAUGAGAACAGGGCUCUAUACUCUACUCAUUCAUUCAAGAUUUUGUUCAAGGAAGGUGGCUGUGGAACCUUUGUUCCAUUGUUUUUCAACCUGCUUUCUUCAGUGAGGCUACAUAACCAGCUAGCCAACCAGAAUUCAGAGCCUCGUGUGGACCCUUUGCAGGCAGCGCAGACUCCGGUGGAUGAAAUGAUGAGACAUGCAUAUGUUGAUCCUAAUGAUCCAACAAGGAUUUUCUUGCAGCAGCCAACCCCUGAAUCUCAGCUGAGACGGCGCUCAUACCAUCCUGCCACUGCUGAAAACUCCAUAUGAUCUUACAAAUAGAAUCUGAACAAUAAAUUUCAUGAAACUAUUGCUUGGUGUUGUGUAACUAUUGUUCAUAUAUGUUCUGUUUGUUUGUCAACUAAUUUCUUACUUCGGGAUUGUCAAAUGAAACCUUAUGUGAUGUUCUAUGGGGAAGCUGUGUUUUGGUCUCUCUA